AUGGAUACCCUGGAGGGACGGCUAGUGGAUGCGAGGAGACGCCAUGAGGCCCAGGAGUAUGGGGCAAUACCCUGGGCAGUCGUCGAAGCCGGACUCCGCUCCGUGUGGGCGGCGGAGCACCCCCCUUCUCGACCAGCCUCUCCUCGACCGGUGAGCAACGACGGCGGCGUCGACGUGGGUGUCAACGCCGGAGGAGGUCAGGUCGGCAGCAGUGCGGGAGGCACGUCGAGGCAGAGAGGUGUGAUACACGCCGGUGAAGUCGGCGGCGUUCAGGCGCAAGGGAUGCAGUCGUCGGCGGCUGCAGGCUCCUCACAUGGCGACGCUGGUGGGCGUCGAAGUGGGCUGUCGCCUAUGUCGGCGUCCCAGGUGACGGCAGGUGGGAUUGCACCGAGCUACGGCUACUUCAAGUUUACGCCGGACAGGAUCUCGGUCGCCUUGAAGUGGUGCCGGGAGUACCUCGACGCCGGCCACCGGGCAUGGCAUUUCAUCGAGUUGACGUACCAGGUUACCGACGACCUGUUCAUCGCCCAGCUGGAGGGACAACUGACACACCUGCGUAUGGGUGACGAGGAAAGUGCGACCGACUACUGCAACCGAGCCAGGCGAAUUCUCGCCACCAUCAGGAUGGCCGGUGCGCAGUACUCCACGGCAUCGUACAUCACCCAUGUCAUGCAGGGACUCUCUAGCAGCUACAACCUGCUGAAGCGGCUGUCUAUGGCGCCGAGCACAAGGGCGACGCUCAACGAGGACAACCUGACCUCGUAUAUCCUGCAGGACGAGGCGAUGCAGGAGGCAGAGCGGUCGCAGGAGCUCUUGGCGCAGGCCAACUUCGUCGCCCCGGCGAAGCAAGGAGGCCGACCAGGACAGCGCGGACAGUCUGGUGGCGGCGGGAGCAGUGGCUGGAAGCAGGCCAAGGAGGUCGACAAGAGGAAGUCGACCAAGGACAGCGGUCGUGCAGGAGGAGGUCGACGUCGGGAGUGCUGGCUGUGCGGCGAUCCCGAUCAUCUCUCCUUCGAGUGUCCCAACCGCAGCGACUCCGACGACGACGAUGCUAAGGGAGGCCGUGGGAGGUCUGGCAGCCAUCGUCCUCGUCUUGCAGGCAACCAACCGCGCAAGGAGAAGCAGUCGACCAAGACAUCGACUUCGGCGAAGGACGCCGACUAUGUUGCAGGAGGCAAGGGGCGAGACGACAAGACGGCGUCGUGCUCGCUGGUCGGCGUCGUGGAGCCGACCAUCUCUCUGGCGCCGGAGGCCGGAGAGGACUUCCAUGCGGUGGCCGCGGCUGUGCAGGCGAACCCGGCGGUGGUCCUGCUCGACAGCGGUUGCUCCCACCACCUGAUGGGGACGAAGGAAGCCUUCGUCGAUUUGCAGCCAAGCGGCGUCAUCAGGCAUGUGCGCGGCUUCAAUGGGGCGCUGCACGAUGUCCAGGGCUGCGGCACCAUCGCCCUGCAAGGAGAGGCCGGGAAGGAGGUGCUCAUCCCCGACGUGUUGUACGUCCCGGGUGUGCGAGCCAACCUGCUGUCGGCCGGCCAGCUGAAGGAGCAUGGCGUGAAGCUGCAGGAGGACGGAGACGGCAUGUUGCUCGUCUCGGCAGCAGCGGAGGUGCUCGGGCGGGCGACGUACUCUGGACGAGUCCUCUGCACCGACCUGCGUCCCUGCUCGACGAGGUCGACGCCGCCCACGACGGAGGUGGUGGCUCUGCGGGCGAUCGUCUCGAAGACGAAGUCGACGCCGGACUGGAUGCAUGCGAGGCUUGCGCACGUCGGCAUGGACACCAUACGGAGCUCGGCGAAGAGCGAGGUCGCAAUUGGGCUGGACCUCAAGUCGGCGACGGACGCCGACUCCCCGUGUGUCUCGUGCGUCGGUGGGAAACUGGCGCGACACACCUUCCCCGACCAAGGCUCCGACGCCGACGACGUGCUGGCCGUCGUGCACAUCGACCUGUGCAGGCCGUUUCGCGUGGCUGCCAAGGAUGGCAGCCUGUACUUCUUGCUGCUGAAGGACCGCAAGACCCGCUACGUGUGGGUGAAGCCGGUCGCCAAGAAGUCAGAUGCGUUGCAGGCGUUCGUACAGUGGCUGGCGGUGGCUGAGCGGCAGACGAAGAAGUCGGUGUUGAUGCUGCGCUCUGACCGGGGAGGGGAGUUCCUCGGGAAGCAGCUCACCGACUUCGUGAAUGGCAAGGGGAUCGUCCACGACCUGACCUGCCCAUACACCCCGCAGCAGAACGGCAUGGCGGAGCGGGAGAUGAGGACGGUGGUGGAGUCGAUGCGGACAAUGCUGCUGCACAUGGGUGUGCAGCACCACUGGUGGCACCUCGCUCUGCGACAGGCCGUCUGGGUCCGCAACUGUCUUGAGAGGUCGACGCUGCCACCGGGGACGACGCCAUACCAGCUGCUGACCGGGAAGAAGCCCGACUUGUCGCUGGCACGGGUGUGGGGCUGCAUGGCGCAGUUCCUUGUCCCUGAGCAGCAGCGUGGUGGGAAGCUGCAGCCGAAGGCCAAGUGGGGCCUACACCUUGGUGUGUCAGAGGCGAGCAAGGGCUGGGAGCUCCUUGACGUCGCCACUGACCGGGUGGUCACCACGUCGGACGUGGUGUUCUACGAGGAGCUGUCGCUGGCCGAGUGGAAGACGGAGCAUGGGCCGGUGUCCGGCCGCUUGCCGCCCUCUGACACCUCGUCGGCGACGCUGCCGCUGCUUGCCGAGGUCGGUGAGCUUGCUGCUAAGGACGUCGAGGACGUCCACACCCCUACCCCUCACCCUCUGACCCCUCCCCUCGUGGCCGAAAUGCGUGGGCUGACCUCGGUGUCGGCCUCCGGCGAUGAGGGGAGUAGUGGGACGCCGCCUUCGGCGCCGGCCAAGUGCAUCGCCGGUGGCCGACGUGACGAGCGGCGAAUCGACGAGGGAUUGAAGUCGACAGGGGAGGAGCAGGUCGGGGAGCAGCAGCCGACAAGGGAGCAGGCUGUCGUGAAGCCGACCACGGAGCAGUCGGCGACCGGGACGUCGGCAGGGGAGCCGACCACAGGGGAGAAGUCGGCUGGGAAGCCGACCACAGUGGAGCAGUCGGCUGGGACGCCGGCUGAGGAGCAGCAGGACGCCGAGGGCAGUGACGACAGUGACGAUAGAGGGGACGCCGAGGAGGUCCAGCAAGGACCGCGACGUUCAGGCCGACUUCGGAGGCCGCCUGACUUCUUCGUCCCCGCUGCCUUCACCACAGUGUAUGACGUGGACGAUGACGACGACCUGCUGUACGACGACGCCGAGGAGGAUGAGGAGUUUCCGGAGCUCGACCCCGACAUGCUAGCUGACCCCGAGCACCGUUGGGACAUCUCGACGAUGACGGUGAAAGAGGCGCUGGCGAGCUGGAAGGGCCCGGCGGUGAAGGCCGCCAUGGAGGAGGAGAUUCGGAGCCUCAUCAACAUGGGCACUUGGGAGCUGGUCGAACGCCCGCUGGGGGUGAACGUCAUGAAGAACCGGUGGGUGUACGGCGCCGACUACGACGAGACGUUCGCGCCGGUGAGCAGCUACGUCACGCUGAGGAUCUUCCUCAGCAUCGUCGCCGUCCUCAACCUUAACCUGAUGCAGCUCGACAUGAAGAACGCCUUCCUGCAGAGCAAGCUCGAUCGGGUGCUGUACAUGUCUCAGCCGGACUACUUCAACGACGGAACCGGCCGGGUGUGUAAGCUGCUGAAGAGCCUAUACGGGCUGAAGCAGUCGCCGCUGUUGUGGUACUUGGCGCUCAACGAUGUGCUGGUCGGCGCCGGGUGGAAGAAGAGCCAGCUCGCCGCCUGCAGCAGUCCCGCGAUGCUGAGGGAGCUGAAGGAGCUGCUGGAAGCUGCCUUCGAGCUUCGCGAGAUCUCGCCGGUGCAUAAGUGCCUCGGGCUGGAGAUCGUGCGCGACAGGUCGGCGGGGAAGAUGUGGCUGCAUCAGCAGGGCUACGCCGACAAGCUGCGUAGGUGCUUCCUCAACGAGGAGCAGACCGGGCGCAACCCGAAGACGCCGGUCUCAGUCGGUGCCUAA